GAGAGGCGGCUAGUACGGCCGCGGCCACGGGUGGCAUCGUGGGCUUGACGGAGAUCUCGCCCAGUGUCGUGGGCGCCACCUUGGGUGCGACCUUGGAGGAGCCGACCAUGCAGGCACCGCCUCCCAGAGCGCAGUCGAAGAAGAAGAAGGAGAAGCCUGUCUCCAGUGCGAAAGCGGGCCUUGGCCUUCAGCAGAGCCAGGGGCAGGACCUGGUGGAUCAGCUCGUCAACGAUGUGAUCCCUGUGCCCAGAUACAUCCACUUCUACUGGAUCGUCCGCAACCAGCAGGAACUGGACUGGUUCUACGAUUUGUUGGCCACGGCCGUGGAGGGCCCUGCCAAGGACCGCAUCGAGGUGAACCUCUUCACCACCGGUGAGGUGGAGCUCUCGGCGGUGAAGGAGCUGAAAUGCGUGCACCACCAGUACUUCGGGCGUCCGAACUGGGGCCGCAUCUUCAAGGGCUGCAAGGCCCAGCACUCGGGUGAACACGUCGGCGUCUUUCUCUGCGGUUCCCCCAUCAUCGGAGAGGAGCUCUCGCGCCAGAGCCUGAAGCACAGCGACCCGCCAGAGCACUCGAACCGAACCCGCUUCUCCUUCUUCAAGGCACUUAAGAGAGACCUGCUGCUUGGGCUCUUGCUCUCAGCAGUUCACUCUGUCAGGAGCACUUCUGACCUUACGGCCAAGGCGCUUUGCAAAGGGAUAUCCCAGAGCCAGUAA